CUGCAGUCGGUUGCUGUUUCGGUUACAUGGCUACGUACUUCUUUUACCUGUAACCAGUGUCAGUGAAGGCACAACGCUAUGCGCAAAAAUAGAGUCCGAGUAGACUACUGACAAAGGUUGUUGUACGGCGGUUAGGCGUUAAGUCUGAGUGCCGAGCACAAACGUUGGGACGAGAAUGCCUUCCCCUGCAGCAACCGGGUCGGCCCCUCCGGUCGCGGGGGUUGCGGGAGAAACGCUUAUGAAUUUGGAGAAGGUGACAUCCAGCAGGAGGAAUCUACAUUCUUCAGAAACAAAUGCCGACACUGCGACCGUAAAUGGCAGAAACCUAGAUGAACAGGAGUGUUCGACAAGAUCGGGAGCGAAUGACCACGACAAGGUCGCUCAUGCGGCUAGUCGUUCCGCCAACGCGGGGACGCGUGCUACGGGUGCUUCAACUGAUGCUCCAACAGCAGCUUCAUCUAGCGCAACUGGUCCCAGAACAAGUGCUGGAGUGUCCUCGUCGAGCGCAGAGGCGAAUCCCGUUUGCAGAUUCGAUAAUGCAACUGGCAGCAAAUCAAGAGCGUGUCUGGCACUGUGGGACGAAACCGAGUCCGAAGAUCCGCAUGAACUACAAAUCCCGCCGCGCAUCCUCGCUCCAGAGCACCGCGGACGGGAACGGUACCUACUGCGGCGCCUCUGGACAGAGAAGGAGAGGGCGGAGCAACUCACAAACAAACUCGAAUUAGGAUUCUUCAGAGCUCUGUUUUAGAAUCUGAUCUUGACAAAGACAAACUCAAUCGCAAUUAAGUAGCAAUUUCAAUGCACUUUUUUCUAUACUUUUAGGCCUGGGAUGUGAUGGUAGCCAUCUUCUAAUGAAAACCUACCGGCGAAGCGUCACUGACUAUGAGCAGAAAGAGCGGGAGUUCGUUUAUCAAAUGGAGGCUCAGAUGGAUCAAUGGGAGGCGCAGGAGAAAGCCAUGAGCAUGAAGCUUCAGACGCUUGAGAUGGAGAAGGUAGUGUCGUUUUUCCAUUCUCAUUAUUUUUCUUUUCAUCGUAUGCAAUUCAAUGCCCAUUAGUACUAGAAAGUAUCUUGAUUGUAGAUCGCCUGGUGCCCAUUAUUGAUAUGGAAGAAUGGCGAAGGUGUUCGGCGUAGCUAGUUGAGGCGUGUACUAUUUAGCUGGCGGCCAGUGUUCUUUUUCUUCCCUCGAUUCGUACUCGUAUUCAUAUUCUGGGGGCUGCGCAUCCUACACGCAGCGCGCGUUCCAGUCGGCGCGUGUGGUCUUCCUAUUCCGUAUUCGUCUUCAUAUUCCUAUGGUAUUCGUAUUCCUAUUCUAGUAUUCGCAUUCUAUUCUUUUCUUUCCCUCCCUCUACUCCCUCUUUACUUUCUCCGUGGCACCUAGCUCACCUGUGGCGUACGAUUCGCGCGCCCAUUGGCGUCAGGCUUUUCUUUUCUCACGACUCACUCUUGAAUUUCGUUGGUUCGAGCGAAGCUUUGCCACUUUCUUGUGGGCUAGUCUGUCACGUAGACAGAUCUAGCAAAAUAAUCCUCGCUUCUUCAUAUUGUCAGCGCCUGCGCCUUCAGUAUGCGCCUCAACCUUCACCUCAAUAGAACUGUACUGCUGACCCUAACCAUGAAGCAAGAGCACACUCUUUCUUAGCAACUACAUCGUUAGCAAGAGUGAAUUGAAGGCGAAUAUUCAAGACCACGACUAGUGCCUAUGGCUAAGGUUUCCAACCUUUAGCUUUACAUGACAUUCACUCACAGAGGAAGCUGACGCUGUGGUGUGAGGAAGCUGGACGGGUGCAGCGGGAUGCAAGGACAGAGGCAGAUGAAUUGCGCGAGCAGCACACAGAAAGCGAGCGGCGAGUCCAAUUUUUGAUGGACCGUUUGGUGUCCCUACUCUCUGCUUCUGGGUCGACUGAGAAGGAAGCCGCGGUAGAAAAUUAUGGUAAUUGAAGGCAAAGUCAUCCUAGGAAAAUAUUAUCUACUGGUACUGACCAUGACGAUGACCUAUUUUUGAAGUUGUAUGUUCUCCAUUUCAUCUAUUUGUAUUUCUAAAACUAAAAGUAGGAUGUUCAUUUUGGGAGCUGCGUGGUCGUUCAACGAAAACUAAAGAAACUACCUCUACUGUACUAACUAAUAAUAAAAACUAAAAGUGCGGAUGAAGGUCUAAGACAGGGACGUACUGCAAGCGUUGAACGAUCGCGAAAAAGAGCUCGUUGCGCGACUCCAGCGAAGCAAGACAGACGUAGAUCAGGUACGACAGCAAAAUCGGGACCUGGCGUUACGGCUGACAGAGGAGCAGAAGUUGUCGGCACGCUUACAUGCAACAUUUUGCGAUCUGCAGAUGGAAAAUUUUGAGAUGCGAGGAACACUUGCGGCGACGAAGAAGAUGGCAGCGUCUACUCUCAGUGCGGGCAUAGAUGACUGCCGCACAAGAACAAAUGCCGAUAGAAGUCGUCUUGGUGCACACCGCAUCGCUAUCGCAGAGGAUUUCGAAGACGUUGACAAGGAGAGUCCUCCUGAAUCCGGUGCGGAUCCUUCGCGAGAACCUCGACAGGCGCCUGCUAGUGACUGUAAUCUAGAGAAUACGACAAACGAAGAAGUCGAGGAUGCCACGGGAUUUACUAGUACUACAACCAGGGGCUCUACAAAUAACGACACAGGGUAUCAUGGAACAGCGUCUAAUAACAUUUCGAUGACGAAGACGGAGAUUCCAGGAUCGGGAGUAGCACCAUCAACUUCUUCAAGUGGGCCAUCGCGGUUGCCACCAGUACCUACCGGCCCGACACAACUUGCAGGUCACAAAGCUAGGCGAGCUAAAUCCAGCAGUCCAAUAUCCGUUGCAGGGGCUGCCCAAGCUUCCCUAGUUAGCCAACAGCGACUUGGUGUCGCACAACCACAGCCGAUGUCGUUCAAAAUGAAUGCGGAUAAUGGAGAAUCGCGACUGGAUGAUAAGAGAGGACACACCACUAAAAGCAGUGGCAUGAUCGGAGUAAUGCAUCCAAACCCCUACACGCCGUCGCCGACGGCCAUUUCGUCGCCAUCGUCUCAGAUUUUUUCCCGGGCGUUCCCUCCCAUCGCUAGUACCUCACCGAACUCGCGCCCUGGUACGCUUACUGAGGCGCAAAUAUUGACGGCGACAAAGACCGCAAGUCCGUCUCCGUCCCGUCUACCUGCGGCAGUCGACCAGGAGUCUACUACUUCGCCGAUCGACACGAACAGUGUCGGUGGCUUCAGGCACACACAAGGAGGUACUAAAACGAACAGACAGGAGAACGAGAGCGAUUCUUGCGAGCAGCAGGAAGGUUCUGCAACGACUGCAGCUGGAAUUGGUACUAGACCUGGGAAUAUAAGUGCAUCACUAGCAAGGAGCCACCUUGUGCUUUCCCCCGUGGGAGGCGCUAGUUGUAAAUCGGUUUUUGGAACGGGAAGCCGGGAUCCACAGAAGAGUUCUUGUAGCACCGCUGCUAGCUGUAGCGCCAACAGCAAAUACGCAACGUCAAGGGGUACGCCAAUUACUGAUGAAGCGUUUCCUCGAGACGUGCUUGGGAGUGCACGCAGCACUGACAAGCCGCUGGCGGAGGUGGAGCCAAUACAAGAAGAGUGCAGCGUGCUGUCAACUAAAGAGGACGAGUCGCCGCUGCCGGGCACUCAAAAGACUACCGAAGGCAUGGAGUUACCGGGGAUGGAUAAUUUUGUGGACGGGCAGCAUGCACAUGCAGGAAGGCUCCCUCCAAGGGAAGCUCUCAGUACCGUCGCUUCUUCGCACCGGUCUACUACGAUAGCGAUGUCAGACGUGUCUUCUAUUCGCGAUCACCAUAGCCAUAGUAUGAGCACUAGCAAACAAAAUAGCGGUCCGACAUCUUCCAACAUAAGCCCUCAUAACCUUUCCCUCGUAGAAACAAGUGGUGUAGUUGGAGGCCCUUUUCUUUCCCAACCGCAUCACGACUUCGAGUCUGGCGGUGGACGGACUGCUUUGCCCUCUAUGGGAGCCGCUUCCGUAUCAUCCCCCGCUGGACCGUCAACGAGUGCUUCCUCAUCCUCGCGGCCUCCGAAAAAGAGCUUUGUGGCGAAGCCAACAAGUUCUCCAGCAAUUGCUGCUACGGGAGUGACUACAACUGCAUCGUCCCCAAAUGGUCUCGCGGCCGUCGCAACUCUUUCCGGGGACUUUCAGCAACACAGCCCCCUGUGGACGCACCCCGCAGGAGAAGUUCCAACCGAACAGGUCCAUGGCGUCUGUGCACCUCCGGCAUCCAACAAGAGCCACCACAACAAGACUGCGGGUGUCACUUCGAUACCCGGUGAUUAUCUUGAUCAGCAAGCGUUGACAGCACACAUGCAGACGGUCUUGGGGAGUAAAAGUGUUCAGAUCCUCCAGCAGAACUCGGCCACGGAUGCCGAACAAGCCAGCGCGGCAUUACCUCUACACGAUAACUCGAAAAAGCUUCAUAUGCAGCCAUUUUCUGCGUCAGCGCACCCUCACGACGUGCAGGCAUACACGAAGCAGCAGCAAACUCUUCUGACGGGUUACGGACUGAGUCCCGGGGGCCCCAUUGCCUUGCCACCACCGCCUUUAUGGGAUGCUAUCGAGCCUCUCGUCUUAGCAUCCACUCAUGGUGCUCGGCAGCUUCCUGGCUGGAUUCACGCGCCGCAAGACGCAAAUGCUCUGGCGUCGCCUGCGUAUCAGGCAGGCACCGUUGGCCAGAAACAAAUAUCAGGACAUCGGGUGGCAUCUCCGCUACAGGGCAUACAUAAUCAACUGACCGUCCCCAC